AGCGGGAGAGAGAGGGGGAAGGAGAAAACAAGAGGGCAAAAGCACUACACUGAACCUUGUUUAUAGCAUACAUGAGCACAUGCGUAGCGUGUCCCACACAUGCAUUGCAGCCUGUAUUUACACGCCAACCAGAGAACAUUCUUUGCUCACCGCAUCCAUCAGGCGGCGGAAGCGUACAAACUGGUGUUGCAGAAACUCCUAUUUCACGCAACUCUUCUAGUUCUGAAGGCCAUCGCGAUGCUCAGGCAGCAUAAACUACCCGGUUAACAUAGCCACUCAAUGAAGAAUCGUGCAUCGUUAUCUGUGAUUGCAGUUAGAGUAAAAGUCUAUAGACGGUGAAGGAUAUACGUGUUUGACAUUUCGAAUUAGCGGGAUGAUGUACACCUCUAUUGUUCUUUUAAAGUUAGGGAGCUUAAUAACAGAAGAGAUUCCUUGUAUCAGUACACAUUUCAUCUUUUGUGAUCCUUUGUCGUAUGAUCGGCUGCGCUAGCAAGAUUGAAGGAUGUUCUCAGAAGCAGCAAAGCUCGUCUUCGUGAUCAUUUUCGGUCUCGUGAUCAUCGAUUUCACAUUGACAUCGUCCGAACUUCAGUCAGUCUGUGGAGAAAUAAAUGUUACAACCUGGUAUAAUGUGUCUAGGACCGUCAGAGUGACAUAUGUCGAAGAGAGGGACGGUAUGACGAGGAUGAGGGCGAGAAACGAGAUACAUUUCUUUUUAGAAAACAGGACUGAACUCCAAGAUGUCUGCUGCCCUGGUUUCAUAAAACAUGGAAAUGCAUGUUUGAUUGUGAAUUGUUCCAUCCCCGAUGUCUUCCCGUCAAAUCUGAGCGCACUGAACAACGAAUGUUCUCCUGGAGCUACUAUAGCAUACAAUACAUCUUGUUCCUAUGAGUGUGAUAAUGGAUACAAUGCAACGGGUCCUACCUCAUUAUCAUGUACAGAAAGUGGAGAGUUGUCAGGAGAUCUUCCGAAUUGCACAGGUGAUGUCAUCACAUUGACAUCGUCUGAGUUGCAGUCAGUCUGUGGAGAAAUAAAUGUUACAACCUGGUAUAAUGUGUCUAGGACCGUCAGAGUGACAUAUGUCGAAGAGAGGGACGGUAUGACGAGGAUGAGGGCGAGAAACGAGAUACAUUACUUCUUAGAAAACAGGACAGAACUCCAAGAUGUCUGCUGCCCUGGUUUCGUAAAACAUGGAAAUGCAUGUUUGAUUGUGAAUUGUUCCAUCCCCGAUGUCUUCCCGUCGCAUCUGAGUGCAGUGGACAAGGAAUGUUCUUCUGGGGCUACUGUAGAAUAUAAUACAUCAUGCACCUAUGAGUGUGAAAAGGGAUACAUGACAACGGGUCUUUCCACAAUAUCAUGUGCAGAAAAUGGGGAGCUGACAAUGGACCUUCCUAACUGCACAGUUGUGACCUGCCCUAUACCUGAUGACUUGCCGCCACAUGUCAUUGCAAUAGUUGAUGACUGUACAUCUGGAUCUAUCAUAGAAUAUGGUAUAUCGUGUGCUUAUGAAUGUGAUACUGGAUACCAAACUGCAGAUCUUACAAAUUCAAUUUGUUUAGAAAAUGGAACGCUGUCGAUCGAUCAUCCUGCCUGCACAGUUGUGAAUUGUUCCAUCCCCGAUGUCUUCCCGUCACGUCUGAGUGCAGUGGACACCCAAUGUUCUUCUGGGGCUAUUGUAGAAUAUAAUACAUCAUGCACCUAUGAGUGUGAUAAGGGAUAUAUGACAACGGGUCCUUCCACAAUAUCAUGUGCAGAAAGUGGGGAGCUGACAAUGGACCUUCCUAACUGCACAGUUGUAACCUGCUCUAUACCUGAUGACUUGCCGCCACAUGUCAUUGCAAUAGUUGAUGACUGUACAUCUGGAUCUAUCAUAGAAUAUGGUACAUCGUGUGCUUAUGAAUGUGAUACUGGAUACCAAACUACAGAUCUUACAAAGUCAACUUGUCUAGAAAAUGGAACGCUGUCGAUCGAUCUUCCUGCCUGCACAGUUGUGAAUUGUUCCAUCCCCGAUGUCUUCCCGUCAAAUCUAAGUGCAGUGAACAAGGAGUGUUCUUCUGGAGCUACUGUAGAAUAUAAUACAUCAUGCACCUAUGAGUGUGAUAAGGGAUACAUGACAACGGGUCCCUCCUCAUUAUCAUGUGCAGAAAGUGGGGAGCUGACAAUGGAUCUUCCUAACUGCACAGUUGUGACCUGCCCUAUACCUGAUGACUUGCCGCCACAUGUCAUUGCAAUAGUUGAUGACUGUACAUCUGGAUCUAUCAUAGAAUAUGGUACAUCGUGUGCUUAUGAAUGUGAUACUGGAUACCAAACUACAGAUCUUACAAAUUCAACUUGUCUAGAAAAUGGAACGCUGUCGAUCGAUCAUCCUGCCUGCACAGUUGUGAAUUGUUCCAUCCCCGAUGUCUUCCCGUCACGUCUGAGUGCAGUGGACACCCAAUGUUCUUCUGGGGCUAUUGUAGAAUAUAAUACAUCAUGCACCUAUGAGUGUGAUAAGGGAUAUAUGACAACGGGUCCUUCCACAAUAUCAUGUGCAGAAAGUGGGGAGCUGACAAUGGACCUUCCUAACUGCACAGUUGUAACCUGCUCUAUACCUGAUGACUUGCCGCCACAUGUCAUUGCAAUAGUUGAUGACUGUACAUCUGGAUCUAUCAUAGAAUAUGGUACAUCGUGUGCUUAUGAAUGUGAUACUGGAUACCAAACUACAGAUCUUACAAAGUCAACUUGUCUAGAAAAUGGAACGCUGUCGAUCGAUCUUCCUGCCUGCACAGUUGUGAAUUGUUCCAUCCCCGAUGUCUUCCCGUCAAAUCUAAGUGCAGUGAACAAGGAGUGUUCUUCUGGAGCUACUGUAGAAUAUAAUACAUCAUGCACCUAUGAGUGUGAUAAGGGAUACAUGACAACGGGUCCCUCCUCAUUAUCAUGUGCAGAAAGUGGGGAGCUGACAAUGGAUCUUCCUAACUGCACAGUUGUGACCUGCCCUAUACCUGAUGACUUGCCGCCACAUGUCAUUGCAAUAGUUGAUGACUGUACAUCUGGAUCUAUCAUAGAAUAUGGUACAUCGUGUGCUUAUGAAUGUGAUACUGGAUACCAAACUACAGAUCUUACAAAUUCAACUUGUCUAGAAAAUGGAACGCUGUCGAUCGAUCAUCCUGCCUGCACAGUUGUGAAUUGUUCCAUCCCCGAUGUCUUCCCGUCACGUCUGAGUGCAGUGGACACCCAAUGUUCUUCUGGGGCUAUUGUAGAAUAUAAUACAUCAUGCACCUAUGAGUGUGAUAAGGGAUAUAUGACAACGGGUCCUUCCACAAUAUCAUGUGCAGAAAGUGGGGAGCUGACAAUGGACCUUCCUAACUGCACAGUUGUAACCUGCUCUAUACCUGAUGACUUGCCGCCAUAUGUCAUUGCAAUAGUUGAUGACUGUACAUCUGGAUCUAUCAUAGAAUAUGGUACAUCGUGUGCUUAUGAAUGUGAUACUGGAUACCAAACUACAGAUCUUACAAAGUCAACUUGUCUAGAAAAUGGAACGCUGUCGAUCGAUCUUCCUGCCUGCACAGUUGUGAAUUGUUCCAUCCCCGAUGUCUUCCCGUCAAAUCUAAGUGCAGUGAACAAGGAGUGUUCUUCUGGAGCUACUGUAGAAUAUAAUACAUCAUGCACCUAUGAGUGUGAUAAGGGAUACAUGACAACGGGUCCCUCCUCAUUAUCAUGUUCAGAAAGUGGGGAGCUGACAAUGGAUCUUCCUAACUGCACAGUUGUGACCUGCCCUAUACCUGAUGACUUGCCGCCACAUGUCAUUGCAAUAGCUGAUGACUGUACAUCUGGAUCUAUCAUAGAAUAUGGUACAUCGUGUGCUUAUGAAUGUGAUACUGGAUACCAAACUACAGAUCUUACAAAGUCAACUUGUCUAGAAAAUGGAACGCUGUCGAUCGAUCUUCCUGCCUGCACAGUUGUGAAUUGUUCCAUCCCCGAUGUCUUCCCGUCACGUCUGAGUGCAGUGGACACCCAAUGUUCUUCUGGGGCUAUUGUAGAAUAUAAUACAUCAUGCACCUAUGAGUGUGAUAAGGGAUAUAUGACAACGGGUCCUUCCACAAUAUCAUGUGCAGAAAGUGGGGAGCUGACAAUGGACCUUCCUAACUGCACAGUUGUAACCUGCUCUAUACCUGAUGACUUGCCGCCACAUGUCAUUGCAAUAGUUGAUGACUGUACAUCUGGAUCUAUCAUAGAAUAUGGUACAUCGUGUGCUUAUGAAUGUGAUACUGGAUACCAAACUACAGAUCUUACAAAGUCAACUUGUCUAGAAAAUGGAACGCUGUCGAUCGAUCUUCCUGCCUGCACAGUUGUGAAUUGUUCCAUCCCCGAUGUCUUCCCGUCAAAUCUAAGUGCAGUGAACAAGGAGUGUUCUUCUGGAGCUACUGUAGAAUAUAAUACAUCAUGCACCUAUGAGUGUGAUAAGGGAUACAUGACAACGGGUCCCUCCUCAUUAUCAUGUUCAGAAAGUGGGGAGCUGACAAUGGAUCUUCCUAACUGCACAGUUGUGACCUGCUCUGUACCUGAUGACUUGCCACCACAUGCCAUUACAAUAGGGGAUGACUGUACAUCUGGUUCUAUCAUAGAAUAUGGUACAUCGUGUGCUUAUGAAUGUGAGACUGGAUACCAAACUACAGAUAUUACAAAUUCAACUUGUCUAGAAAAUGGAACACUGUCGAUCGAUCUUCCUGCCUGCACAGUUGUGAAUUGUUCCAUCCCCGAUGUCUUCCCGUCACGUCUGAGUGCAGUGGACACCCAAUGUUCUUCUGGGGCUACUGUAGAAUAUAAUACAUCAUGCACCUAUGAGUGUGAUAAGGGAUACAUGACAACGGGCCAUUCCUCAUUAUCAUGUGCAGAAAAUGGGGAGCUGACAAUGGACCUUCCUAACUGCACAGUUGUGACCUGCUCUAUACCUGAUGAUUUGCCGCCACAUGUCAUUGCAAUAGUGGAUGACUGUAUAUCUGGUUCUAUCAUAGAAUAUGGUACAUCGUGUGCUUAUGAAUGUGAUACUGGAUACCAAACUACAGAUCUUACAAAUUUAAGUUGUCUAGAAAGUGGAACACUAUCGAUCGAUCUUCCUACCUGCACAGUUGUGACCUGUUCUAUACCUGAUGACUUGCCGCCACACGUCAUUGCAAUAGGGGAUGACUGUACAUCUGGAUCUAUCCUAGAUAUUGGUAUAUCGUGUGCUUAUAAAUGUGAUACUGGAUACCGAACUACAGAUCUUACACAGUUAACUUGUCUAGGAAGUGGAACACUAUCGAUCGAUCUUCCUACCUGCAGAGCUGUGACCUGUUCUAUACCCGAUGACUUCCCGCCAAAUGUCAUUGCAAUAGGGGAUGACUGUACAUCUGGAUCUAUCAUAGAAUAUAGUACAUCGUGUGCUUAUAUAUGUGAUACUGGAUACCAAACUACAGAUCUUACAACGUUAACUUGUCUAGAAAGUGGAACACUGUCGAUCGAUCUUCCUACCUGCUCAGUUGUGAAUUGUUCCAUCCCCGAUGUCUUCCCGUCACGUCUGAGUGCAGUGGACACCCAAUGUUCUUCUGGGGCUAUUGUAGAAUAUAAUACAUCAUGCACCUAUGAGUGUGAAAAGGGAUACAUGACAACGGGUCCUUCCUCAUUAUCAUGUUCAGAAAGUGGAGAGCUGACAAUGGACCUUCCUAACUGCACAGUUGUGACCUGUUCGAUUCCUGACGCCUUUCCGCCAUAUGUUAGUGCAACAGAAAGUCAAUGUUCAUCAGGAUCUACGAUAGAAUAUAAUACAUCCUGUACCUAUGAAUGUGAUACUGGAUACAGGACAACUGGUGCUGAAACAUUAUUAUGUACAGAAGGUGGGCAGCUGUCUGGAAACAUUCCAAACUGUACAGACGUUACGUGUAUCAUUCCCGAUGACUUUCCAUCACAUCUUAGUUCAGUCGAUGGCAACUGUUCACCAAGAUCCUCCAUCGGCUACAACACCACUUGUACUUUUGCAUGUGAUACUGGGUAUAAUCUGGUAGGAUCCAAUUUGGUGACCUGCACUGGAAGUGGAGCUUUAUCGGCCGAAUUGCCAAGUUGUGCAAAUGUCUUGUGUGAUGUGCCAUCGACUUUUGACUCUGUAACGUCAACAUGCGAUGUUGGGUCAUCGGUGAUAUACAGUACUUCCUGUGAAUUUUCAUGUACUUCCGGUGUCAUUGAGAGUGGAAACGCAGAACGGUUCUGUCGCGCAGAUGGCACAUUUUCUGGCAACGACCUCACUUGCGCAGAGGUUAUGUGCAACAUUCCAGUCUAUUCUACUCCGCUUUCGUCUUCCCAGUGCCAUUCCGGAGGCCGUGUAGCUGUCGGGACACUUUGCCAAUUUAAUUGUGAAAGUGGUAACGUCACUCAACCCGCUAACAUCAUCUGUACCAAUACAGGUCAACUGCAGAAUGACAUUCCACAAUGUCUAGAGUCGUGUGGUUCGGCAGUGUGUAGCGAAGGCCAGUACUGUGGAUCCAAUGACACAUGCCGCUGUGUAAGGGGUUCUUUGACAGCACAAGCGGUGUGUUCAGAUUCAUGCAGAGGCGCCUGUUCCAUCGAUGAAAUAUGUACUACUAACAGUGUGAACGGGGAAUCCGCUUGUGACUGUGCCCCAGGAAAAGUUCGAGAAAUGGACAACAAUCAGUGUCGUGAUGCCGUUAAUCUGGAAGGAACCAUUACGGUGCUGGAGAUCAACGGCUCGGAAGCCAUAUUCUCUGAAGAACUGGGAAACACAAGUAGCUCAGAUUUCCAGCAAAUUGAGUCGACAUUUUCACAACAGAUCAUGUCGACCAUUGGGUCAGUCAAUAACAGCAUCGAUGACGUCACUAUUAUCAGUAUCACGAGCGGCAGUUUGAUAAUCACCUACAGACUCGUCUUUGGGACAGCACCCGAAUUUAACCCGGAAGUACUUGCUGACGAGCUGAGUAUGACCCUAAAGCAGCACCUAGACAGUAAUAACGGAAUACUUGAUUCUACCACAAGUACCAUCUUCCAGGUGGAUCGUGAUGUUCCUUCACUACAAGUUUUGACAAUGGACGAAUGUUCAGAUCCCAUUUCAAAUGAUUGUUCUUCAAACGCAAUUUGCAUCAACCACGACAUGGCCGGUGGGUUCACAUGCAAAUGUUUACCCGGAUAUCGUGACCUCUACCCUGAAGUACUUCCUGGUCGUUUCUGUUUUCAAAAUCAUUCUGAGAAUUCUGAUCCUGAUGAUCCAGUAACUGGAAAAGGAAUUUACCUGGCUAUUGGGAUAGCCUCUGGUGUUUUCAUCGUGACCGUAGUCAUUGUCCUUCUCGGCAGUCGGGCCUACGUGAACUCAAGGUGGAGAAAGUAUUACGAGGAAAGCGUGUAUAACCCCACGACAUCCGAGUCUUACAGUAGAAAAUAUCCAUACCUUGAUAGCUACCAAAUCGAACGCAAUGGAGGCUUGUUUGAUGAAGUAAAGAGCACACAGAUGCAAGAUCACCCACUGUAUGUAAACUACACACGAACAAAGGCUGGAAAUGGUGAAAGGACGUCAAGAAGUAAAGGUUUGACUUCCGACUCUGAGGCUCCGAAGUUUUCCUCUGACGGUCCGACCCAUUCUUCAGCUGGAACGAACACCAAUCUUGAUUAUUCAAAAGCAAUAUCAACCAAUGGUUAUCAUGGGUAUGGCGGACAACAUCUACAUUACCCUUACCAUAAUGGGAUAGUGAUAAAAGACCACUUGCCGCAGACGAAAAGACUAAAGACGAACGGAGGAGCAGAGAGGUAUUCAUCAACAAACCCCAGGGGACAAGGAGACCAUCUACCUUUAGAUACGCUACAUAGAGCUACAUACGUCACACGAUUUUGAUGCAGCAAGUGGACAUCAUGGUUUGACGACUGACGCCGAGUCAGGUUUUCAUCGUUGAUCAUUAUGGUCAUCGAUGGUCAGAGUCAUUCUUGUCAAGGAACAAAGCACGCCAAGCGCAAUGGAGGGACUUGGAACACAGUGACGGAAUGGUAAACAUGAACGAAAACAACCCUUGUCUUGCACUCUACACCGGUCACCUGCAGUGACUUCUUGUUAAUUAAUUUUCAAUCAAGUCCUUUGGAACGUGGUUAUUACGUGAUUUUUUUUUCGAAAUGGGGCCAGAAUGCAAUACGUGCCUCAAACAGUAGGGUAGACGUUUAUGAUGAUGACAAAUACUUAUGUUCUAACUUCCACUGAGCGGGAUCGUGCAAAAAGCUACUGACUUUGAUAUUACAAUGAUAAUGCAUAAGAAUUCAUUAGCUUUCAUUACUUUUUCUGAUUUAUUCUGAUUAAAGCAUUUUGAUUGCACAACAGUAAAGAAAGCACCACAACGUAGGAAUACAUGUAAUAAAAUAUCAUCGUCUUUGUGGUCAUAAUGAACGUGUGUCGUCUAAAAAAGCAUUUCAUAAUAUUUGAGUCUACACGUGAAAAUUAGUAUAGAAACUUUUUAGUUAAAGUUACACUUGAAAAAAGAAUCGUAUAACAAUUUUUAUUUAUUAAGUUUGGGCAACAAGCUUUAGCAAAAUGGUGUAAUCUACGCCGAAAAGUCGGGAGACUGAAGACCGCCAACAAAUGUAUUUUGGCUUUCACUUGGUUCAGCCAUCACUACUUUUCGGCUAACUUCAAUCAUUCUAACUGUUAUUGCAUAAAAUUUAUAAUAGACUUCAUACACGUUUUUAUAUGCCGUCCAGCAUCCUUCUUUCUGUUCUUUAUUUUCAAUCCUCGGCAGCCUGGUCAUGUUCUUUCCUUUUUUUCUUGUACCUUUUUUUCAUUUUCCAAUUUAGCUUUUGGCUUGUUCCAUUCUUCAUUUCCAGCUUUUGUUUGCCAUUUUGUUAUCUUUUAAUAUGUUAUGCUAAUGUAUUAGACCCCUCCCCCUCUCCUUUUACGCCACUGAAUUCGUGCUAAAUUUUGUUUUAACUAAAUGGCAUCGUGUGACUUGUUAUUUCCCCAGAAACUGAGAAAAAUAGUCAUUAACGCGUUCCAACUUGAAUGUCAGACGGUGAGGUCAAAAUAUAUGCAUUAAUGAAACGUGAGUUGAUAAUUGAAUUAACCUUACCGCGGGUUUUUUUGUAAUCAUGUAAAUGUUGUUUUGGAAUAACCUUCUUGUCGGCAAAUUUGCCACUGCAGUUUAUUAUAAAGAGAUUUUUCAAAGAGGGAGAAAGAAAAAAAGAAAUUAUUCAAUUCAAUUUAACAUUUAUUUAUGGUUUCUUCCGAUUGACAUUACACAAGUUACAUCCGAUUUCAUACAAAAUAAACAAAUCAAUAAUAUAGUAAUAAAACAAGGAAAGAAAAUACAAAAUUAGAAAGAGGAAAACAAAGAAAAAAGUAGAAGAUAAGCUAAGAAGAGAAAGAGAUUGAAUUCUUUCAUCAAUUUCCCAUUCCGCUGCUUCCCUAUCUUCCUUUCCAUUUUACCUCUUCUCUCAUUUUCAACAGGCGCGGUUUUAGGUGGGGGGGGAGCUUUGAGGACUGAAGCCCCCCCCACACAAAUUUUCUACCACAAAGAAAACAAUAUAUAGGUCCUAAAUGCGAAGGCCUAUACAGUACGUAUAAAAAAACGGGACAGUUUUGAAAAGUCUAUCACUUUUUUUUACAUUAUGAUGUCUACAUUUUGAUGUUGAAAGAUGCUCUAAUGUCAUAUCUUUCAAAUGCCAUUUUAAAAGUUGAGUUUCGUUCAUGCUUGAGCUGCAUGUUUGUAUACGCAUGCAGGCCUACGUAUUAUUGUUCUAUUAAAAGGAAGCGUAUGAAACAUAUCUCAUUUCAUCAGAUAUAAUGGCUAGGCAGUGGUUGAUCCGAAUGGGGGGGGGGGCACAUCAGAUCCGUGUCCCCCCCCCUUGAGAGUCACAGCAAAUAUUUCUUAAUGGGAAUAUGUCGUUCACACACAAGUGAGGACCUUUUUAUAUUUGCUUGUCAAAUUUUAAAUGGCACAAAUUUGCAUUGAUUUUUGUAAAAUUCUUUGUUUCAUUUUUUUUUUUGCUUGUCAAACUUUUCUAAGGGAAAUAUGCCCCUUUUUGCAUAAUUCUGGAUCCACCCGUGUGGACAGGGGCCUUAUAGCAUCAGGCCUAAAACUAUCCACAACUAUCGAUUGAUUUUUCCUGUGUUAUGAAUAUAAACGCAUUGAACUAUUAUAUCGAGUUCGUUGGUCCAAGAAUAUCAAGAUACGAGGGAGCGAGACAAGCGAGGAAAGAACAACCUACAGGAAAUUGCAUGAUUCCCAAUAACGAUUGAAAAUGUACUCGAAGGGAUGCAUGUGAGGUUUAUUCUCUAGAUAUUAUUUACAAUCUAGUGAUGGAAUGGGGUGCAUUUAUUGAAAGAUUAGGGGCAUUGAAUGCAGACGAUACAGCAACAUCGCUUCUGUGCUUUCAAUGGGAUGUGCAUAAAUGAAAAUGAUAAAGUGGGAAAGAAGGGAAUGUACUUAUAGAAGGAGAUGAUAAGUAUUUCAAAAUGAAUUAUGACUAAUGGGGUGUUGCAAGAAACUUGCGAUCAAUUGCAAGUCA